AUGAAAAGAUCGGGAAAUGACAAUAGCGGAGCUAAGACAAAGAAAUCCAAAUCUUCCAGCACGGUGGAGACCGGUCUAAGUGAAUCAGAAAUUACUGCUUUGCAGGAAUCUAUCCUGAGCUCACCAAAGAACUACAAUGAAAUUGCGAAGCUGAUUGAUAUUGUCCGGGAUAACAGCAUUAAAACAUCAUGUCGCCAUUCAGCAUCAGCAGCUUUAUUAAAAAUAUUUGGGAAAUUGUCCAAAAAAGGAUCUCUUAAAAAAUCUGGAGUAGUCGGAGCCAGCGAACAAGUUGCAAUUUGGCUGAAUCAAAGAUUCAUCCAGUUUAAAGAGCUGCUGUUAAAUAACCUUAGCGGUGCCUCUGGUUCUACAAAUUCUCCUUCUUUGGCUGUUUCAGCUCUCACAAUUCUUUUAAAGGUAUUCAGUGUUGUUGAACAUAAGUAUUUGACCCCUUCGACCGAGUACUACUACCCCAAACAGACUUACAGCGAUAUUAUCUCUAGUAUUGUCCUGUCCUCACUGCCGUCUGCCGUUAUCGAUGUCGUAUUAGAAGAGUUUGUUAAAAACUAUCUCAUGAUUUAUGAUGACUUACGAUACUACUUUUACACAGAGCUGGCUGCUAUACUGAGUAAAGAACUGGAGACGGAGAAGAAGGGUGGGUACGAUUCACCUCCAUUUAACGGGGUUCCAAAAACCGUUGUUUCCCGCAGAGUAAUUUCCACUCUUCAAUCUAUUUCUAAAUUCCCAAAAACUGAUGAGGAAAUCGAGAACUUUUUCUUGUCAAAGCCUCAAUUUUCAAAGUCAUCGCUUAAAUCAGGCACCCCUCUAAAACUGUCGAGUCACAAAAUCGCCUUUCAAAAGGCUUGGUUGGCUGGUCUGCGACUUCCUCAAUCAAGUUCUCAAUACAAGGAAGUUCUAAAUAUCCUUCACCAAAGAAUCAUUCCUAAUAUGCAAAAACCCCAGUUGUUAAUGGACUUUCUUACAGACUCGUACAAUGCAGGCGGACCAGUGGCCCUAUUAGCACUAAAUGGUCUCUUCGUACUGAUGCAACAAUACAACUUAGACUAUCCAAACUUCUUUACCAAACUCUACUCCCUCUUUGAUGGAUCUAUCAUGCAUGCAAAACACAGAUCAAGAUUUUUCCGCCUUGUUGAUCUAUUUCUCUCAUCUACGCACUUGCCAGCCACUAUCUGUGCUUCAUUUAUCAAAAAAAUGGCUAGACUUGGUUUGACAGCUCCUCCAGCAGCAGUAGUAACUAUCAUUCCGUUUAUUUAUAAUCAGUUGAAAAGACAUCCUUCUUGCAUGAAGAUGAUUCACAGACCAGAGAUCGAUGGCGAGUUUAGUGAUCCCUUUGACCCAACUGAGUCUGAUCCUCUCCUUACGAAUGCUUUUGAUUCAUCUUUGUGGGAGUUAGAGGUUCUUCAAACUCACUAUCAUCCCAACGUGUCUACUUUGGCAAAGAUAAUGUCACAACCAUUCCGUAAACCCCAGUACCUACUAGAAGAUUUUCUUGAUCAUUCUUAUAAGACUCUAUUUGAUGCUGAAAAGACACGUAGAGUGAAAGCUGCUCUACCUGCUCUUGAAUACGAGUCAUUUGAUUCUGUGUUUGUUAAUCCUGAAAUUAACACAGGCGCUUCUACAUAUAUGGUUGGGUGGAGUUUUGCAUAG